CCGGCCGCUUCGUGCCCUCCCGCCGCUAUGAAUUAUUCUCGGUUCACCACUGCUGUGAGUGCAGCAAGAAAAACAUCUCCGAUAAGAGUCCUGAUUGAAACCUAUGGAGACCUGCCAGAACUGGAGCAUGAGACAUACAUCAGCAGUUAAGCCUUCAGGGGUCAAUUUCCUCUCUUGCUGAAUUGAUGCAGAAAUCUCCUCCAUCUCUCAUCUCUCUGGCUGGAGGAGCACCAAAUCCUAACCUUUUUCCAUUUAAGAGGGCAACUGUUGACAUUGGACAUGGAACUCCUAUUGAGAUUGGGGAAGAUCUGAUGAAGAGAGCUCUUCAGUACUCAGCCUCAGCAGGGAUUCCAGAGCUGUUGUCUUGGCUGAAAGAUUUCCAGCGGAGCCUACAUGAUCCCCCCACAGCCAAUUACAGUCCUGAGCAAGGACAAAUGGAAGUGUGUGUCACAACCGGCAGCCAGGAAGGCUUGUGUAAAGUGUUUGAAAUGCUCAUUAAUCCUGGGGACAACAUCCUUUUGGAUGCACCCACAUACCCUGGGACACUAGCAGCUCUGAGACCCUUGGGCUGUAAUAUAAUUAAUGUUCCUAGCGACCAACAGGGCAUUAUUCCAAAAGCUUUAAAAGAAAUUCUGUCUACUUGGAGCUCAGAAGAUGUAAAAAAUCAUAGCCAUCACCUUCCUAAAUUCCUGUACACUAUUCCAAAUGGGUGCAACCCAACCGGCAACUCUCUGAGCACAGAGCGCAAGAAGGAGAUUUACCAGCUUGCAAGAAAAUAUGAUUUUCUCAUAAUAGAAGAUGAUCCUUACUACUUUCUUCAGUUUGAAAAGCCAUGGGCUCCAACUUUCCUCUCAAUGGAUGCGGAUGGUCGAGUUAUCAGGACCGACUCUUUCUCUAAAGUUCUCUCAUCUGGGUUAAGAAUAGGUUUUCUGACAGGUCCCAAGCCUCUUAUUGACAGAGUUGUUCUACAUAUUCAGGUUUCAACAAUGCACACCAGCACUUUCACCCAGAUUAUGAUAUCGCAGCUGCUUCAUCAAUGGGGACAAAAGGGUUUCUUGGAGCAUAUUGACAGAGUGGUGGAUUUCUACAGGACCCAGCGGGAUGCAAUGCUCGUUGCUGCUGACAAGUGGUUAAAAGGCUUGGCUGAAUGGUACACUCCUGCUGCUGGCAUGUUCUUAUGGAUCAAAAUUAAGGGUAUUUCUGAUACACAGCAGCUGAUAAUGGAAAAAGCUUUGCAGAAAGAAGUAUUACUGGUUCCUGGAGGAGCAUUUAAUAUCAAUAGUUCAGAGCCAAGUUCUUAUGUCAGAGCCUCCUUCUCUCUGUCUUCUCCUACUCAGAUGGAUCUGGCCUUCAAGAGACUGGCUGAACUUAUAAAAGAAUCUUUGUGAAAAAGCUAAAUAGAGCUCUUGCAGCAAUUAAAAUCAUCUCCAGAAAUAUUAACAUUUGGAUUUCAUCAGAACACUUUAUAAGCAAGCACAAUACAGUAGAUGUUUCCUUAGAUAUUUUCAGCUAAAAAAAAGACAAAAAAUGGAAGUGAAAAACAAUUUGCCUAAUUUAUUUUGACAGGGUAUUUCAUUACUAAAUAUGUUACAAUUCAGAAAAAUUUAAAAUACUCAGAACCAAAUUGUUCUACUUCCUGUCGAAUCUAUGGUUUUGUUAGCCUCAAAUAAAUUUUUGUUCUGACUUUUAUUUUCCAUUUGGGUUGGGAAACAGAGAAGUCAGUUACUUAGGAAGUUGCACUUGCGGUGGUCUUAGCCACUGUUACUUAAUCUCAACUGAUACAUUCCUCCAACAUCUUACAUUGGAAUUGUUUUGUGUGUCACUUUCCUUCUUGUCCUACUGUAUGGCAUCUGGUUUUGAGGAUUUGAGAAUCUGUAUUUAAUUUUACUAAAGUUUUGGCAGAUAAAACUGAUAUAAUGAUGUUAAAAAAAAAAGAAACUGAUCCAGCAAAAUUAGGCUAUGAUUACAAAUAAAACCGUAUGGCCUGAGGUCCCUUGCAGUUUGCAUGGGCUUUGCAGCUCAUUCUCUGUUUUGUGAAAGGUUUUCUGAUUGCUGGCUUUUACCUCAGUCUGUGAAUAAUUACUCUGUACCUGUGUUAGAAAAUCUCUUAUUUGCAAAGGCAUGUAGAUGUGCUAAUAGAACAGUUCUUGGUUAAUCAGUCAGAUGUGUUUCUAAACAGAGUGCGUAAGUAACUGAACAGGGGGCAUGAAAUUCCAGCACAGAAUAAACAUGACCCAAAAUCCUGG